AUGGGACCGAGAAAGAAAACACCAACCAUGAAAUGGGUUGUGAAAUCGCAGCAAUCAACUAAAAUGACAGAACCUGCUACGGAAAAGAAGAAGACAUCAUCAUCAACCAUCAUGCCAGAUUCGUCUCUUCACCCUGAUUUCGUUUUAAAACUGCAUCUGUCUUCGUCGACUCCAUCAGCAAAAACGGCACAACAAACUGCAACGAAACAGCACACAUCGUCUGUCCCUGACUGGUCUCAUCUCCCUGAAGAGCUACUGCAGAUUAUCUCCCUGAAGGUAGAGGACUGUUUCGAUGCUAUUCAUGCUCGCUCUGUUUGCCGCCCGUGGAGAUCCAUCUUUCCCUUUCCUUCGUAUCUAUCAUCCACAAGGUAUUCUCUUCCGUCAUUUGCCAAGUUCCCUCGCAAAAGCAGAGGCUUCUGCACCCUCGAGAAGUUCCCUAUGUUCCUCUUCAGAGUCCGGACUCCUCCUGAUGCUGCUGAUGCGUUGCCUUCUGAGUUUUAUGUGGGAGGGAUAAACCAAGACAAGUCAGAGGAUCAUAUUGAGCUUCCGUCUCCUAUUCAGUGCUCAGUGAAAGUGAAGAUGGGAGAAUCUGAUCCAACCUUGUUGAACAUGGUCGACUGUCAGAUUCUCCCUCUUGGCUAUCAAUACAGAAUGAUUGGUUAUGAUCCUAACUCAUUGGCAACAAGUUUCAGAGGCGUGGCUUUUCUUCCACUUAACAAGGAGGGAGGAGGAGAGUUCGUAGUGCUUAUCGGCUACGCUCAUGAUUUGUUAGCGUUGAGAAGUUCUGAAAUGAAGUGGAUGCGUGUUGAGAAACCCUCAAGAGCUGAUUGCAAGGAUAUAGUAACCUUCAGAGGCAAGUUUUAUGCAGAUUUUAUCAACGGGGAUGUUUGCGUUAUCGAUCCUUAUUCGCUGGAAGCGACUCCAUUGAUGCCCGCGGAGCGUCUGACCUCACACAACUAUCUUGUUCCAUCUGGUGAUGAUGAACUUUUCGUGGUUGAGAGAAUCUAUGUUCGUUAUAGUACACUAUAUUUGAACAAGUUAGCAUGUAGAGUGAGUAGGCUAGAUGAAGAGGCUGGCGAAUGGGUCGUGGUCAGCGAUUUGGGAGACCGUGUGUUGUUUAUUGGACAACCGGGAAAUAGGUCUUGCUCAGCUAAGGAGCUUCCUGAUGGUUGUGGUGUGAGUGGGGACUCAAUGUUGUUCAUCAAUGAUCUAUUUGGUGUAACUUUCUCUUAUAAAUAUGGAGUAGAUACUGGAAACCCGGAAGAUGACCUUAGUUUUUGGAGAUCCUAUAGAGAGACUCGUGUGACGAUUGUCAGCAAAUCUCCGAUGGCUGCUCAUCUCCGGGUUGACCGCUUCUCAAGCUCAUCUCCGGGUUUGGGGGAAGCUAAUAUCCGGCUUGUGUACUAA